AGUGCUGCUGCCGGAGACGCAGCAGGCACGAGCAGGUGGCACAGACCGCAGGACACCCGACAGCCACAGCGCGGCGACACCGCCGCGGUCACCCGGACCGCAGGCAGCCGCGGAGCCCAGGGCCACUCGCCCGCCUGCCGGGCAGCGCCGGGACACUUGUUACACUGAGGUCGGAGCGACCGGCGGGGACGCGCGCGGGAGGUGACCCGCGCCGCAGACACCGGCCGCGAACGCCCGCCAGCCGCGCUCCCCGAUCAGCGUUCGCUUCCCGACGGCGCCGACCCCCUCUGCGACGAGACGCAAGACCAAACGGACUUCUGGGGUCCCCAGGGGCGAGGAGACAGGCGGAGGGGGAGGACCUCAGGCCCCGGCAGGGCACGGUCCCCGCCCCGCGCAGCCAGCGGCGCUCGGGGGACGCGGGCGGCGGCGCGGGGGGCACGGCGGCGGCCGGGGCUUUCUCGAGAGGAGGGGGUGGGGAUGCUGAGUCACGGAGCCGUCGCGGCUCCUCACCGCUCCCCGGCCCUCCGGGGGCUAAAGCAAAAGCGAAAGCGAAUGCCACUCGCGGGGCGGCCGGUCCCGGCAGCUGCGCCCGCCACCUCCUCCGGGACGGUCCGGCGUCUGCCCGCGCGGCCGGCGGGGCGUCGGGGCCGCUGCGAGCCCAGGGCCCGGCGGCCGGGAGAGCGGCCCAGCGUCCGGCCAUGGCCCCGCGGCCGCCCUGGGGCUGCAGGGUCCGCGCGCUGCCCGCGCCGCCGCUGCUGCUGUCGCUGCUGCUGCUGCUGCUGCUCCAGCCCGCGACGCCGGGCGUCACGUGCCCUCCUCCCAAGUCCGUCGAACAUGCAGACAUCCGGGUCAGGAGUUACAGCCCGAAAUCCAGGGAGCGGUACACGUGUAACUCCGGCUUCAAGCGUAAAGCAGGAACAUCCAGCCUGACAGAAUGCGUGUUAAACGAGACCACGAACAUUGCCCACUGGACAAUUCCCAAUCUCAAGUGCAUCAGAGACCCCUCCCUGACUCACCUAAGGCCGUCCUCCACAGAAGUGCCGGCAGGGGUGACCCCAGAGCCAGAGAGCACCUCCCUUUCUGGAAAAGAGCCCGCUUUCACUUCCAAGUCAGACACCACAGUGGCCACAAAGUCCACUAUGGUGCCGGGCUCCAGGCUGACACCAUCAAAGCCUCCUGCUGCAGGAACCACAGGGCCGAUCAGUCAGGAGCCCUCCCAAGCCCCACCUCAGACAACAGCAAAGGCCUUGGAGCACACUCCUUCUGCCUCCCCGGAGACGCCAGGUACAUAUUCAUACCAUUCUGAAGCUAUGACUGCGGUGAUGGGGAGCGUACUCCCUGUGGUCUGUGUGGUGCUGGUGGGAAUUCUGGUCUGUUACCGAAAAUCGAGGCACACUGCGCAGACACCCGGUGUUGAAAUGGAAAGCAUGGAAGAGAUGCCAAUGAACAGGGGAACCAGUGGCAGAGCGGAGGACGCAGAAAACUACCCACACGACCUAGGACACUCCAGGGAGAGACUGAGGGCAGCAGAGGCUCGAGCGAAGGCACCGACCCUGCCCUAGCCGAAGAGGACCUGGAAAUGACUCAAGAUCUUGGGUGCCAGCAGAGAGCCCAUCGGGAUGAUAAGGCAGACGUCUCGGCGUCAUUGUAUCGAUGGCUCCCAGGUAAGACACCUCCUCUGCUGUCCAGUCUCAGGAUGGAUGCUCAGGACCCUCCUGGCCCAGCCUCGGGUGCAGGGCUGACUUCCCCAGAUCCCAGCAGCUGAAGCUCUCCUGGCACUGGCUGAAAGCCUCGGCUUUCCUUUUAUUUCAUGUGACAUUUAUGCAGGAUAGCUUAGCAGCCUGACCAUUCUGCCCCUCAUCCGGACUUGAAGUUUACAAAGAAAAGAAAAAUGCCUGAGACGCUAAGACAGUUAGGUCCCUUCUGCUGGCUUAAGGGAUGUCUACAAGGAUGACAAGAGCGUUGGCAGCUCCAAAUCGCUAUCCCCCUAUGGAGGCGCGAGCAUGAACUGGAAGGAAGCAGGGAGGUAUCGUGCUGCGUGAAUCCGCUCGACGUAAGGAUCCAGAAGGAAGGACAUGGAACUCGGGGACAUUUCUCAUGUAUAUGCGGGGACAUUUCUCAUGUAUAUGCGGGGACAUUUCCCAUGUAUAUGCGGGGACAUUUCCCAUGUAUAUGCGGGGACAUUUCUCAUGUAUAUGCAUUUCUAUUUAUACUCCCUAUGCAUUAUAUCUACAUAUUUUAUGUAACUGUUAUUUUGAAACUCUGCCUUGUAUAAACAAAAUAUCUAUUUUCAAUACAAAAAAAAAAAAAUCACUGAGAAGAAAUGUGCCACAAAUAAAAGAGAAGAAAGAGUGGGAAUGCAGAGUCUCAAA